GGGGUUUACCAAACACUAUUGGGCAGUUUGACCAAUGACCAGCGGAUAACCUGAAUGCAAGCUAGUCGCAUGUGUUGAGUACUGUUGAACAGUCACCUUACUCUUCAGUUUUUCAGGUUGCACCGCAGUUCUCAAUCUGGAUCCAAAGGUUCUUGUCGGGGAGGAAGAUGAACUGAAGGAAUCUGAUCUGUAAUCAUGUCUAUGACUCUGAACUUUCUCGGAGGAGCACCUUUUCAACUGCUCUAUGAUGAGGUUAAGUUGGCCCUUAGCAAUACCAGGAAGUUUAAAACCAACCUCAGAAGUCUCAAAUUCACUCUAGAUUGUUUACAGCCACAGAUCAUCGAACAGAUUAGAUUGCAGAACAUGCAGCUGAAUCUUGCCGUCCAAGAGAUACAAGAACUUCAGAGGAAAAUGGAUGAGGGCAUAGUGCUCAUUGACCGGUUGUCGAGCCUCAGCACUUGGAACAUCUGCAUCUGGGGCGAUUGCUGCAACUGCAUGACGCCUGGUUAUGCGGACCAGCUUGAUGAGUUGAACGAAUCUCUUAGACGUCUGCUUGAAAUACUGAGGCUGCAGUCAAUAGCGCAAGUCAACCAGGUCGUGAUUUUGGUAAGGACAACAAGGGACAAACAAGAUGAAUUGGGGAAAAGACAGUUAGAGAUUCUUAGCAACCAGCAAUAUAUAAUUGAUGCGUUGAGAAAGCAGCAGCAAGUAGUAGAGAGGAUCGAAAGGAAUGGUGUUGCAGCGUCAACCGGAAGAGAAGGAGCUGCUCCUGCUCAGGUGUUGCACCUUGAAGCAGUAUUUCAGGCGAUAUUUGAUGUUGUUGUACAAGUAAAGGUUAAGAAUUCCACAUUUAAAAGACUCCUGGAAGAUUUUAAGUUCACGUUGGAUUGCUUAAAACCGCUGGUACAAGAGCUAGCAGAACGUAACAAGAUAUUGCAUUUUCCAAAGGAGGAAGUCUUGGAAGAUUUCAUAGUAUAUUUGGAGAAGGGUGUAGAGCUCGUUUACAAAUGUUCCAAGGGUUCUCUGUGGAGCAGGUUCAAAAAGUACAAGUACAUGAGCAAUCUUUUUGAAUUAGAUGAAUAUCUUCAGAGGCUGUUCAAUAUACUGAAAUUGCAGAUAGAAAAUGAUGUGAAGGAGGCCUUGGUUUUGGUAAGUAACUUAGAAAAGGAGAUUGAGGAAAUUGAAGGGAGUGGUGCGCUGCAAGGAUAUCAUGUCCAAGGCGCUGCAGCUGAACCUCAAUUGUCUAAGGUUGAAUUGGAUGUAAUUAAUAUACAAGCCAGAAGUGAUGUGAAGGAGUCUAUAGAUUCAGUAAGGAAUGUAGAGGUGGGAGAUGAAAGUCACAAGCGAAUUGAAGGGAGUAGUCGGGCACCCCAUCGAAUUGAUGUUGCAGUAGUUAAGCCUCCAUCACCUACAAUGGCAUUAGAUAUAGUGAGCAUUCCAGAGACAUUGGAUUCGGCAACAAACAUGGAGGUGGGAGUCGAACAAACUGAAGGGACAGGGGAAAAAGAUAGAGAAAUAUGGGUAGUCCCGUGUAAAGAAGCAGAGAAGGAAACCUCAACACCUACAGUUCCUGUUUUGGCUGCUCACAAAAGGCAAGCGUCAGUAGAAACACUUCUGAAAAAUAACGAAGAAAACUAUGCUGCUACAGGCGUUCAAGAAGCCCUUAGGAGUUCUGAAAAAUUAGAGGUGGAUUAUACCAAUAUCAAAUCCGAGUACACAGCCCAUUUGAGCUCUUAUGAGGCAGCCUGUAAGCUCGAUUCAGGUUUACAAUCGUUUGAUGUAUCUCUCCAACAGCGCACUAGCCGAGUCUUCAACUCCCUUUCCACUGGAGUAGAAGUUAGGUCCCUAUCUUUGGACUCACUCAAAGAGGUCACUGAUUGUUUGCUUGAGAUGAACCAGGAAGUGGUCAGUGUCAUUCUCGAAUGCAAGGAGGAUGUAUGGAACAAUCAAGAGAUGUUCUCUCUAGUGGAGGAGUCCUUUGAGAACUGUCUCCAGACAUUGGACUUCUGUACUGCCCUCGAGAGAUGUCUCAAGCGUGCAGUGAACAAUCAGCUGAAAAUUCAGGUUGUGAUGAGGCGGUUUGAGGAAGAAGUAGAAGCUGGUUUCGAAGGGAAGGGGUGUGUGAGGACAUUGCAGGAGUUGAGGGCAUUUAAGGCAGCCGGGGACCCUUUCACGGAGGAGUUCUUUGUACUAUUUCAGGCAGUUUAUAACCAACAGGCAUCAAUGCUCCAGAAAUUGCUAGUCCGAAAGAGAAAGCUUGAUAAGAAGUUGAAAUCAGUGAAAGCUUGGCGGAAAGUGUCAAAUGUUAUUUUUGUUGCCACUUUUGUGUCUGUAUUGAUAUUUUCGGUGGUGGCAGCUGCCAUUGCUGCACCACCACUUGUAACCGCCUUGGCAGGUUCACUGGCUGUUCCAAUAGGUUCUGUUGGAAAAUGGUGUAAUAUGCUUUGGAGCCGCUUUGAGAGGGCUCUGAAAGGGCAGAGGGAGAUAAUAAGCUCAAUGCAGGUUGGAAGUAUGAUUACAAUGACAGACUUGAACAACAUCAGGGUGCUUGUUGAGAAAUUUGAAAUCGAGAUCGAGGCAUUGCUGCAGAAUGCUGACUUUGCUAUUAGAGAAGAGGAUGCUGUGAAGAUAGUGAUGAUUGAGAUCAACAAAAAGCUGGAAAAGUUUAUGGAAACCAUCGAAAGUUUAAGCCAAAACGCUGAUAAGUGUGGCCGGGAUAUAAGGAAGGCAAGGACAGUGAUUUUGAAGAGAAUAAUUAGGCAUCCCAUCAAAUGAACAGCCAUUUGGAAUGUUCUCCUGAUCACUAUUUUCUUGUUGGUGGUCUAUUUAGCGAAAUGUAGAUUGCAUUUUUGAAGGAAAAAUUCUGCACUUUGGGUCGAUAUUUGGCUUUCUUAAAGGACAAUGUAAGACUAUUAUUAAGCAAGCUUGUACAUUGAUGUGUUUC